AUGAAGCUUCGGCGUGCAGCACUGGCCACCGUGUUCCUGCUCACUCUGCUCUCGACCGAGUGCUGGGGCAGGAAUGAGGAGGAGCGUCUGAUCAACCACCUGUUCAAAGAGCGAGGAUACAACAAAGAGCUGCGUCCUGUCGAGAGGCAGCAGGAGGCCGUCGACGUUUACCUCGCCCUCACACUCUCCAACCUCAUCUCUCUGAAAGAAGCAGAUGAGACGCUGCUGACAAACGUAUGGAUCGAUCAUACGUGGACCGACUAUCGGCUGUCGUGGAAUACAACAGAGUUUGAUGGCAUUGACACGCUUCGCCUGCCGUCCAGCAUGGUGUGGCUGCCAGAGAUCGUGCUGGAAAACAAUAACGAUGCCCAGUUCCAGGUGGCCUACUACAGUAACGUGCUGGUUUAUGAGAAUGGUCUCUGCUACUGGUUGCCACCCGCCAUCUUCCGCUCCUCCUGCUCCAUCAACGUCAACUACUUCCCCUUCGACUGGCAGAACUGCACGCUCAAAUUCACCUCUCUCACCUACAAUGCCAAAGAGAUCAGGAUGCUGCUGAAGGAAGAGGAGGACGAAACCAGCAAAUGGACGGUGGAGUGGAUCAUCAUCGACCCUGCAAGCUUUACAGAGAACGGCGAGUGGGAGAUCAUCCACCGGCCGGCCAAGAGGAACACCUACAAACACAUUCCCAUGGAGAGCAACAAGCACCAGGACAUCACCUUCUACCUGGUCAUCAAACGCAAACCUCUCUUCUACAUCGUCAACAUCAUCAUCCCCUGUGUGCUCAUCUCCUUCCUGGCCUCGCUCGUCUACUACCUGCCCGCUGACAGUGGUGAGAAGAUGACCUUGUCCAUCUCUGUGCUCUUGGCUCAGUCUGUCUUCUUGCUGCUGAUCUCUCAAAGGCUGCCGGAGACUUCCAUGUCCGUACCGCUUAUUGUCAAGUAUUUGAUGUUCAUCAUGGUGUUGGUCACGGUGGUGGUGCUGAACUGUGUGGUCGUCCUCAACCUGCACUUCAGGACACCGAGCACACACGUCAUGUCUGAGUGGACCAAGAAGUUCUUCCUGGAGCGGUUGCCGCGGCUCCUGCGUAUGUCCCGCCCUGCAGAGGCGGAGCCAUACUGGGAUGGAGUGCUGCCACGGCGAUCCAGCUCAGUGGGGUACAUCGCUACGGCGGAGGAGUACUACAGCGUCAAGUCCCGCAGCGAGCUGAUGUUCGAGAAACAGUCAGAGAGACACGGGCUGAUGACACGAACCACGCAUGCUGCAUUGGUGAAGCCACAGGAAGAGGGAGAGGUGACAGACCAGCUGUACGCAGAGAUCAAGCCGGCUGUGGACGGAGCGAACUACAUCAUCAAACACAUGCGCAACAAGAACGAUUACAACGAGGAGAAAGAUAACUGGAGCGGUAUCGCUCGUACGGUGGACCGGCUCUGUCUCUUCCUGGUGACUCCGGUCAUGACGUUGGGCACCAUCAUCAUCUUCCUGAUGGGAAUCUGCAACCACCCUCCACAUCUGCCCUUCAAAGGAGACCCAUACAACUACAGAGAGGAAAACCCUCGCCUGAUGUAA